UCAUUUCAUUUGCUGACAAAUAAAAAUCCGAAAAGUUGCAAACAUGCAUCUAACCUUAGUUGCAUCUCAACCAUAGAUCCAACCCUAGUUAGUUUUAUUUAAACACUCUGAAAAUUGUGAAUGGCCAGCUGGGCAGUGAGACGGUCUACUGAUCCACCCCCAAUAUUUUCUUUCUAGAUCAACAGUUUUAGACUAUUGUUGAAUUUGAUUGAGUAAUCAUGUGAAGAAAGAUGGUAGAGAGCGAAGAAGAAAAGCAGUGCAAGAUUUUGAUUACUUGUGGGUUUGUGUAAAAUUAAGUUUUUUAUGCCUCUGGUUGGAAUUGGGUUUUGAAGUUUGUAGCUUUUCUUGAAAUUAUUUCUUGGGCUUUGGGUUUGAUGGGUGCAGAAGUAGAGAAGAUGAUAGUAAUAAAAAAGGAAGAGAUGGAACUGUGAGGACAGAGAAAAAGCUGCACAGUAGCAAUUUUACAUGCAUACAAAACUGUGCUUCUUGGGAUUGUUGUCUUUCAUGGGAGUUUGGUUGCCAUUUCUCAUAACUCCCAACUGAAAACACCUUCUCAUAGAAAGAAAAAAAACACACACACCACACACACUACCUCUCACCUCUUUAAAGUUCUAACCUCUCUCACUUUGACACACACUCUCACUCUCACUCUCACACUCUCCAAGUUGGUGGGUUUCCAAGAGAGAUCUGAAAUAGACUACUACUGUUAACUGUGUGUAAAUUUGGGGUAUAGCGAUCAAAGAAUGAAGAGACUCAGCAACUCUGAUUCCUUGGGUGGUUUGAUGUCCAUCUGUCCCAACGCUACAGAGGAAGAAAGCAAUAAUCCGAUGUACGCGAGGGAGUUCCAGACGAUGCUGGAGGGUUUGGAGGAGGAGGAAUCGGGGCACGUGUCGGAGAAGAAACGGAGAUUGAGCGUGGAUCAGGUCAAGGCAUUGGAGAAGAAUUUCGAGGUCGAGAAUAAGCUUGAGCCGGAGAGGAAAGUCAAGCUGGCUCAGGAGCUCGGUCUGCAGCCGCGCCAGGUCGCCGUCUGGUUCCAGAACCGCCGCGCGCGCUGGAAGACCAAGCAGUUGGAGAGAGACUACGGCGGCCUCAAGGCCAGCUACGACGGCCUCAAGCUCAACUUCGAGAGGCUCCAACGCGACAAUGAAUCUCUACUCAAAGAGAUUCGCGAGCUCAAAUCGAAGCUCAACGGAGACGACGAGGAGAAGACGAGACUCGAAAGCGAGAUCGGCGGCGCCGAAGCGGAGAUGGAAAAUCCCGAGGGCGGGAAGAAGGAGGAGGCGAGUUGGCCGAAAUUCGGCGACGGAUCGUCGGACAGCGAUUCGAGCGCGAUCCUGAACGAGGAGAACAUAGGGUUCCAGUUAGGGGCGCCGCAGCUGGUGAAAAUCGAGGAGCACAAUUUCUUCGGGGAGGAAUCGUGCAGCACGUUGUUUUCCGACGAUCAACCGCCGUCGCUGCCCUGGUAUUGCAAUGAUCAGUGGGAUUGAUGACGGCCAAAUUUUGUAUAGUAAGUUGAGAUUUGGAGCGUGUAAAAAAGAAAAAAAAAUGAAAAAUUCAGUUUGGGUAAAAUGUUGUUGCUUCAAAUCAAGAAAGAGAAUAAGGGGUGGGUGGGGUUCCAGAGUUCACGUGGGGUUGUGGGGAAGCAGAGAGAGAGAGGGGAGCGUGUGGGGAAGGGUGAAAAAAGGAUGUUUGCAGACUGCAGAGGACUAAUUUGACUGGAUUGUAACUCCUUUUUACUGCAACAAUUUCACCGGGGACAAUACUACUUUUACUGCUGUUAUAAAUAGUUUUCGUCUUUUAUCAA